AUGGUCCCCUCGCAAAAUGGUGUUAGAUGUUUGAUGCUCGAUAUGUACGACUUCCACAAUGACAUCAGGUUAUGUCACUCAUUUGGUGGCAUAUGCUUCAACAACACAUCUUUUGUUUAUAUUGGUCAUUUCAGGAUUUUAUUAUUUUCUAUUUACCUUCUUGCGAUUACUCUAGAAGUUGACAAUAGGAAGGAAAAAUCUUUGGGACUUCUUACACAGAAUUUUGUCAAGCUCUUCCUUUGCUCUAAUGUUGAUUUGAUCUCCCUUGAGGAAGCUGCUAAGAUAUUGCUUGAUGAUCCAUCAAUGAUGAGAAGUAAUGAUUCUUCACUCGGCUAUCUGAAUAUUUUACUAAUUGAAGGAACCCAUCAUCCAGAGACAAGGAAGCCUGCCUUCAAAUGGUUGGGAACAAGAGGAAAAUCUGAUAAUGGAUCUGCAAAUACUUUUGUUCUUAAUGAGUCCAAAAAAAGGAUAUCCAAAAAAAACAUCUGCAAAUAUUUGGUUGAUUUGAUCUCCCUUGAGGAAGCUGCUAAGAUUUUGCUUGGGGAUGCACAUGAUCCAUCAAUGAUGAGAACUAAAGUUAGACGGUUAUACGAUAUUGCAAAUGUGUUGUCUUCAAUGAAUUUCAUUGAGAAGACCCAUCAUCCAGAGACAAGGAAGCCUGCCUUCAGAUGGUUGGGAACAAUCUGA